AUGGAAAGAAGUUUGGAGACUUUUCCGGAUGACUUUAAUAUUGAAUUGGACGAUGCCGUGAGGAAGUCGUGGUCAGAGCCGCAAGAGAUGACUACUCAGACAGUUGACAUCUUUUCGCCAGUAGGUACUCCUCCAGUUCGAAAUGAAAGUGGUUCGUCCAGUGGCUCAAUGGGAUCUUCUUUUAAUCAGAGCAGUUUGGUGACUCCGCCGAAUGGACUCAAUGAGUCCUUUGAAGAUAAUGGACAACGGUAUCGUCGCAGAGAGCGCCAUUAUUCGCUCACCGAGAACACUCAUGAGUCCAUUAGUGAUAUCAUGGUGGACUUGGACCUCGGUGUGGGCAAUGUGGAAGAAGCGCAGCUGGAAAUCCUCCCUGUCCCCAUAAGAAGAGGAUCUGUCCAGGACGUACAACGAGUCAGGCAGCUCUUGAAUCCACGGAGCUCAUUUUCUGGUGUAUCUUCUGAUGAACCAGAGACUUCGAAGCAGGAGAAUACUGGAUGGGUCACUAUAUUGGUAGACGACAAGCCGGAGACAAUAAAGCCUGUUAUUAUAUUACACAAGUCACUGCUGGCAGUGAAUUCCAAAUACAGGCUUCAUGUUCUUCACAACAAGUACACAGAUGCUGCAGAACUGGCCGCCUGCGGAAUCAGAACCCUGUGUUUCGAUGAACCUCUUCCCAGACUUUUACAACAAGCUGUUGACUCGAGCUCUAUACUCAGCCUGUUUGUCGCACUGGUUGAUAAAUUCGAACUGGCUUGCUAUUUGUCACCGACCUGCAUGGUCAUGGAAAAUGUCGACGAACUGUUGGAGAGUGAAGAAAUAUGUAAUGAGAUUGAUAAUGAGACCUGUGUCUUACUCACCAAGGAAGCACCCGAGAAAGCUGGAAAGAAUUACAUUCAGAUAGCAAUUUCAAGACCAUGCAAUGAAGUUGCAAUGUGUAUCAAGGAACUAUUCACCGAGUAUGGGGACGACCAGGAAGUGAAAAAAGGCAAAGUAUGCUGUAAAGACGAUUUUGAUGUCUUGAGAACAUUAUUCAACGAAACUUGGGGUCAUCUGUCCUCUGAGGAAUACUGUGGGACUCCAUUCGUUCGUUCGGCAACAAUAGGGAAUUACAAGAUUAUCGACUACAAGCUCUUAAAGCCCUGGAACGAUCCAGAGGAUAUCAGUGAUGACUCAAUAAAUGAACGAUGGCAUUUAGCAUGGCAAGAAUUUGAGCAUUCUUCAAGGAAACUCAAUGGCUUGUAA